CGUUGUCAGUCACUAUUUGUCAACAGAAUGGGAAACGAGCAAAGCAGAGCUCAAACUGACCAGGCAAACGCGCGACGCCCGGCUGGCGGACCGCGCGCAGGACCCACGCUCAGCCUCAAGCUCGCCAUCCGCGGCGAUCGCUGCACGGGCAAGUCGACCCUCUUCAAGCGCCUGCAGGGGCAGCCCUUCGAUCCCGAGUACACUGAGACGGCGCAGAUCCAGGUCUCCUCCAUUCAGUGGAACUCCAAGCUGCUGCCAGAUCCCAUCGACGUCGAGGUCUGGGACGUCGUGGAUCGCGCACAGGUCUCACAGGCAGAGGCUGCCAGACUCCAGCAAGGCGCCAAACUCAAAUUUGCAGGCGGUCCGAGCGGCGACGCUGGUGCUUCAGCCGAUCCAGCGACAGACAAGGAUGCGACUGCUGCUGCUGCUGCUGCUGCUGCUGCUGCUGCUGCUGCUGCUGCUGGUUCCGACCCGAAAGACGCCCGCGCAGUGGACGUCUACCGCGGUUGCCACGGCGUCAUUUUUUGCAUGGACGUGACCAAAAAGUGGACGUACGACUAUGUUCGACGUGAGCUCGCCAACGUCCCCAAGCAAAUCCCCGUGCUCGUGCUCGGAAACAUGCGCGACAAGAUGGCAAUCGCAGAGGCAGAGGCUGGCAUGCCGCUCGUCGACACGCCUCCAGUUGAUGGCGAGCCCCGCCGUUUCCCAAAGCUGGCAGCCUCGUUCCGCGGCAAAUUUGUCGAUGCUCAGGAGGUCCAAAGCUGGAUUGAGCAGUUGAACGAGGAGGAAGAGCGCGUUGUGCUUUUCGCCGAGUCCAGCAUGGUCAACGGAUUUGGUUUGCGUUUUGCGCACUCGUUCAUGAAUUUGCCCUACCUUCAGUUGCAGCGCGAAACGCUCGAGCGCAGGCUUGCUGACAAUCGCAACGAAUAUUCAGGGGCGCUCGGCGACUUGGCUCGAAUGAGCUCGUCUGAAGACUACUUUUACGACCGAUUCCUCAAAAAGAUUGAUCGCAAGCGCUCAGCACCUGCUGCUGAGGUCAUUCCACCAGCCAACGCGACUGCACCAGUCGCUACUGCACCCGCAGCUCCACGAACAGAGCCUGUCAGCGCCCCAGUCCGAAAGCAAUCGAGCGUGCAAGACGUUGCUCCAGUUGCUGCCAAGCCAGCUGAGCCUCAAGCCGCUCCACCCGCGAGCACACAGCCUCCUGCACCGCCAGAAGCUGGGAAAGGACGAUUUGGUUUGGCAUCCUUUGCCAAGCUACUCUCGCGUCGACCAACAGAGUCAGACGAGUCCAGUGCGCCGUCAAGCCCAGGAGUCGCAGGCAAAGCUCAAUCGCAGCCUCAGUCCAAGCCCGCUCCAAAAGUCGAACAGAAAAUCACCGACGCCAACGAAUUCGUCCCGUCUGAAGAUCUGGAUGACGCAUUCUUUGGAGACGACGACCAAAAGAAGACCGCGACCAGCGGCGGUAUUCUCUCCAUGUUUGGUCGCAACAAACAGCAGGCUGCUGCAGCGGCACCAGCAGCAGCUGCACCCGUUGCGAACGCAGCGCCUCGCGCCGACGACUCUGAUGACGACGAUCUCCCGGCCGCGGCCAUUACCAAUCGCAAAAAGAAAAAGUCUGUGGUUGCCAAGGACCAAGAUCUCUCUGACAGCGAUGCUGACGGCACGCCUGCCAAAAAGCCCGCCGGCAAGGUCCAGCAGCAGCCUGCUGAUUCUGACUCGGACGACAACCCAGCGCCCGCCGCCGCGUCGAGCACCUCGGUUGCUGCGGCCAGCGAUGACGACGAUGAUGACUUACCCGCGGCCGCCGUCACACUGAAGAAGAAGGCCGCAGCUGGAGGCAAAAAGGCUGCGGGCAAGAAGGGUCGACCAAUCAUUACCGAAGAGUCGACCGAUUCCGAGCCAGAGGUUGUUGUUGUUGCCAAGGCCGCUCCUGUGGCACCAGUCGCCAAAGCCCAGAUGUCGACCGGGCCGCGGCAGCCCGACUUUGUGAGUGCACACGACUUUGACGAUGACGAUGACGAUGCACCUCGUCCAGCGCCGCCGCCGCCAGCAAAGCAAGCCACACCUUCGUCACCCCAGGUCAAGGCUGCAAGCGCAGCGCUCGCGGCCCCCGUCAGCAGCAGUCCGAGCGUCCAAGCCCUCCCGCUGACGUUCGAUCUGCCAAAGCUCAUCAUUCGUGACAAGAAUGCGCCGCCGUCCGAUGAUUCCGACUCGGAUGACGACAAGCCAAAUCCUCUCGUCAAGGCCAAGGUCAAGGCUGUGGUCAAGCAACCUGUGGUCAAGAAGACCACCUCGUCGUUCUAUUCGGAUGACGACGACGCACCGCCAGUUGUCACCAAAGGCAAAGCCUCGAAGAAAGCCCGAAAGGAUUCCAGCAGCAGCGACAGCGAUAGCGACUCGCCUGCAGCCAAGCAAAAGGCAAAGAAGGCAGCCGCCGCCCUUGUCGACGAUCCGUUUGAUCUCGAUAUCGGCGACGUUGUCGCACAGGCUGCCGCGUAUAGCAGCAACCCCAAUGGCCAAAUUCUCAUCACGCCCGUCCCGACGCAUCGUGUGGUCGCCUCUGCCGCACCUCCAGCGUCAUCCAAGGCGUCAGACGACAGUCCGAAGAAAAAAAAGGCGGCGUCCAGCAAGCCUGCUGAAGCCGACAGCGAUGACGACGACAGUGACGCUGAGGUGAAGAAGAAGAAGAAGAAAGCAGCCAAGGUCAAGACGGCUCCUGUUGACAAUGACAGUGAUGAAGAGAAGAAGCCGCGCAAGAAGAAGUCUGUUGUGAAGCAGGCUGCAGACGAUGAGGCGCCGGCGAAAUCGACCAAAAGCACGAAAUCGGCGGACGGCACCGCCAAGAAGAAGAAGAAGAAGACUGAGAAAACGGACGACGAGCCUGCAGCGAGCAAACCGCGCAAAAAGUCCUCGGCGGUUGUUGUCGACGAUGACAGCGAUUGAGCCAUUGUCUGAAAAGCAACCAAUGAGAGUCAUGUUUGUUUGAUUUUGUUGGCUCGUUUGAUUUGCAAUGAGACACAUUUCAAUUCUCCA